GAAAGAGAAAGAGAGAGAGAGAGUGAGAGAGAGAAUAUGUUUACGAGCUCCGUCCUGUAACCCCAGCUUUACUCCGGAUUUAUUUGAUUCAUUUGUACUUUAAAUAACUUUGGACUCCAAACGUUCUCAGCUGUGUGUGUUCAAGGAUCAUGGACAUACUGAGGCCUUGAGAUGGUGUUGGUCUUUUAGUCAUCGGCAGAAAGAUGUUGCACAAUCUGCUCUCCUCAGCCGCAGCAAUAAAUCCGAGCUCUCAUUUCCAUUCACUGAACUUCCCGGAGGAGAACGACGAAACCAUGAGUAAAAGCGACUUACAAGCUCUGCUCUGUUCAGAGUCUGUGUCUGAUGUCAGCGGCAUGGAGUCUCAGCCUUUUCCCGCUCCGGCUCGGUUGCCUCCCGGUGGCUCGGCUGCGUCCCUUGACCUCUGUGACAGCGUGAGCGACAGCGACAGCAGCAGCAUGCAGUCCAGCUACGGGGCCUACCAACCUCGCCUGGGUCUGCCUGCAGGUUUCAGCGCCCAGACGCCUUUCCCCAGCCAAGCUCAAAGCUCCUUCAGCAGUCUGCAGUCUUCUAAAGACCAGUGGCUCCACUCCAGCUCAUUUUCAGGCGGGUUCUCCAGCAGCAGCCAUCCGUCCUGCCUCGUGUCUGGAGAUUACUGUUCUUAUCAGAGCAAAUCCUGCUGCUCACACUCUCUGCCAGAUGGCCACAGCUCUGACCCUGCCAGCCUAGAGCAGCCUCGCUCGCUGCACUCCAUCCCCAUGGAUUUAGCGCAGCACAGCUACUACCUGCCCCCCUGCUCCUCACACGGGGCCCCGUGCUGUGGGCAGGGCCCAGGACACGCCUUCUGGAUGAAUCCAAGACCGCAUCCUGACAUACGCUACCACAUGCCCUAUUCAUCUUCCUUCUCCAGUAACAGCAAGCCAUCAGACCCCGAGAUCAACCCUAGCAGACACAAAUCCUUUCACCCUCAGCCGAAGAGUGUUCCCAGCACCGCACCCCUCUCAUUAGAGCAGAGGAAAGUUUUCGUGACUUACGAAGCCGACAACGAAAAACACGUUAAAGAGGUCAUCAAUUUUGUGGCACUGCUGCGACACAACGGCUUCUACACCCACAUCGACAUGUUUGAGCAGCAGUUCAGGAGCAUCAGUAAGAUCGACUUUAUGGAACGUUACAUUACUGAGAAAGAUUAUUUGAUCAUCAUCAUCAUCAGCCCAAAGUACUUUGAGAUUGUGACUAAUGCUUCAUUAUACAUGGAGAAUGAUGAAACACUCAACACAGUCUAUAUCCACAAACAGUUACAGAACGAAUUCAUUCAGAACGGCUGCAGGAAUUUCAGAUUCAUCCCUGUGUUGUUUCCUGGUGCCAAGAGAUGCCACGUUCCUGCCUGGCUCCAGAACACACACAUCUUCAGCUGGCCCAGAGACAGAGACGACAUCUUGCGACGGCUCAUGCGAGUGGAGAAGUACAACCCUCCGCCCAUAGGGGAGCUGCCCACCAUCGUCUCCAUCCCCAUAUAGUGAGCAAACGAAGCGUGAGACGCUGUAAAUGCUGGAGUCUUUCACCUGCAUUCUGAGCCAGAAAGUGGACUCUUUUGUACCAAGAUUUGUAACUUUUUAGCUACUAUUUAAACCUGUAUACAUAGUUUCUGUGAUGUACAUUUAACCCACACCCCUGUUUAAAUCCCACGGGUCUGAAUAAGAGCAGAAAAAUAACCUCUGAUGUGCAUCUUUAGCCCCAGAAGGUUAAAGGUUUUGUAAACUUGUUAGCAUAGAAAUGACCAAAAUCUCAGAGAACACGGAGGCAGUGCUAAAUAAAUGAUUCAUUGAUAAGAAGUAGAUUAAAAUAUCUGUAUUUUUUUGUCA